AUGGCAGAGCAAGAGAUGUUCAGCAGCGUGGCCUCUAAGUUCAUGGCUCUAUACAAGGAACGAGUGGUCAAGAAAUUCAGAGAAGCGUCAGACACUCGGCAAUUGGAUGCACUGCUUCAAAACAAUGAAUUCGCUCGGACGUUGUUUGGACUAAGCCAAACUUUGUGCACUCGAUAUGAUUCUGAUGUAUGGCAGGCUAAGGUGUUAGACACCAUCGAUUUAGAGAGCAUAUAUGCAAAUGUGGACUCGAUGGAAGGAUCAGAAGAUGAUUAUGUGGAUAGACUUGUCAAGGAAUUACUACGAUAUUUCAAAAACGAUUUCUUCAAAUGGUGUAACAAACCUGAUUGCGUACACUGCGGCAACUCCGGUGAGGAGAUGAUGGGGGCUGGCCACGAGGGUCCUAAUUCUGUCGAGCGUCAAUUUGAUUGCGGUAUAGUUGAAGUCUACAAGUGUCCGAAGUGUCAGAAAAUGACAAGAUUUCCACGCUACAAUGAUCCAUUGAAACUCCUGGACACCCGUCAGGGUCGCUGUGGAGAGUGGUGUAAUCUGUUCAUGCUGUUUUUGAAAUCUUUCGGUAUUGAGUCGCGGUAUAUAUGGAACCGUGAGGACCAUGUAUGGUGCGAAUUUUAUUCUACUAAUCUCAACCGUUGGGUUCAUUUAGAUUCCUGCGAGCAGAGCUUUGACGAGCCUCACAUUUAUUCCGUGAAUUGGAAUAAGCAAAUGAGUUAUACGAUAGCCUUCAGUAACAAUGGAACCAAUGAUGUCAGCAACAGAUACAUUGUUAAAAACCAGCUACCUAGGGAUCAAAUUUCUGAAGGUGAUCUUCGGUAUUUACUGAAAACUAUUACAAAACGGUUGCGUUCCACUUUGAACGACAAUGAAAUCUGUAAGCUUGCUUUUAGAGAUGAACGCGAGCUUCUGGAAUGGGUGGGUGGUAAUACCUUGAUGGCAACAAAGACGCGAUCUGCAUUUAUGGGAAGGGUGAGUGGUGCAGCAAGUUGGAAAAAACAACGUGGUGAAGAUGGAAAAUCAUGA